GUUGCUGAGGCUGCUCCUGCUGCCUCGUGGUGCUGCUGGCGUUGUUGUUUAUUUUAUUUUUUAUAAACUCCGGCAAGUGGCACGUCUGGAAGUGAACGGCAGUCGGACCCAGAUUAUGGGGAAGGGACGCUGGCUUGGAGAAGGCCCAGGCUCAGAGGAUGCUAAACUGCCCCGGUAUGCCAGCAUUAAGGCGUUCCUGGCCAGCCUGUCACUGCUGUACUUCUGCAAGGCGCUCACGGCUGCCUACAUGAAGGGCGCCAUCACCGCCAUCGAAAGGCGCUUCUCCCUGUCCAGCUCUCUCGCAGGCAUCAUCGAUGGCGGCUUCGAGAUGGGCAAUCUCCUCGUGGUGCUCGUGGUGAGCUACUUGGGCUCCCGGCUUCACCGUCCGCGCCUCAUCGCCGUCGGCGCCACCGUGAUGGCGGCGGGGACGUUCGUCAUGGCCCUGCCGCACUUCUUCAUGGAGCCGUACAAUGAGCACGAGGCUCACGGCCACGUGCAGGCGAACCGGACGGCCGGGGCUCUGCCCGCGCACUGCCUGUCCCGGCCAGCGGCGGCGGAGGCGGCGGCCGAGACUGGCGCGCCUCCAGCGGGCUGCGCGCGAGGCUCGGGCACCCGGCUCUGGAUGCUGCUUCUUGCGGGAAACAUCCUCCGCGGGAUGGGCGAGACGCCCGUCACCCCGCUCGGAGUCUCCUACCUGGACGACUUCACCCGCCGCGAGGAUUCGGCGUUCUACCUCGGUUGUGUGCACACGAUGGGACUCGUGGGGCCGGUGCUGGGAUUCCUGCUGGGAUCGCUGUGCUCCCGACUCUUCGUCAACUUCCCAGACCGGGUGUCCCUGCACGUGCAGGACGAGCGCUGGGUGGGUGCCUGGUGGCUUGGCUUCCUCGUCGCCGGCGCUCUCAGCCUGCUCGCCUCGCUGCCCUUCUGGGCAUUCCCACGCAACCUCCCUCGUGAAAAGGAGCCGAGACGAUCGUCGGAGAUGAACUCGAUGCCCGUCAAGGAAAUUCUGCUCACGUCAGGAGACAAGGACGAAUGUGCCACGGACUUCCCCAGGAGAGGGUCGCACAGCUCGACGCUAUCGACGUCUCCCACGUCGCUCAUCAGAGGAGUGACUGCGUCUCUGCACGGGGUGCUUUGCCAACCGCUCGUUGUGGCUCUACUCGUUUCCCAAGUGCUCCAGGUCAUGUCGCUGGUCGGGUUCGUGACGUUUAAGCCCAAGUUCAUGGAGGAGCAGUUCGGCAAAACGGCGGCCGAGGCGAACAUGUUCAUGGGAGCGGUGAACGUACCCUCGGUGGCGCUGGGCAUGUUCGGGGGUGGGCUGCUGAUGCGCUGCCUGGCCCUGGGACCCCUGGGGGCCGCUCGCCUUUCCCUGGCGUCCGGCUCGGUGGCCUGGGCCCUCACGCUCGCCUUCUACGCGCUGCGCUGCGACGGCCCCAGCGUCGUCGGCCUGACCCGCACGCCGCUGCUGGCUAGCCACGCGGGAGCGCGGGCCACCGGCUGCCCCGGCGCAUGCGAGUGCCGGGGGGACGCGUGGGAGCCCGUGUGCGGCUGGGACGGCCUCUCCUACCUCUCGCCGUGCCUGGCCGGAUGUAAUGCCACCGUCGCCGGCAUCUCCACCCAGGGCGGAACGGCGCCGGUAUUCACGGACUGCGCGUGUGUUGGUGGUAGCGGAGGACGAGCCACGCCGGGGCUGUGCGCUCGCACCGCCUCUUGCGACCGCAGCUUCCACAUGUUCCUGGGGGUCACGGUGGCGUCGUCGUUCAUCUACGCUCUGGGCUCCACGCCGGCUUACUUCAUAUUUCUCCGGAGCGUGAAUAGCGAGCUGAAGUCGUUUGCACUGGGGCUGCAGACCAUGGUUACACGCACCUUGGCCGGAAUCCCCGCGCCGAUCCUCUACGGGGUCGCCAUCGACUCCUCGUGCACCAAGUGGGGGCGCGGCACGUGCGGCCUCAGCGGCGUGUGCCAGCUCUACGACACGGACGCCUUCCGGUGGAUUUACCUGACCCUCACGUUCGUGCUGCGCGCCGCGUCCCUUGCUCUGUUCGCUGUUGGAUGCGGCCUCCUACAGCAGCAGCCCAAACGAUGCAGCAUGCCCUAAGCAGCAUCAAGAUCUACAACACAAAGCCAACGCCAUGGUUACUAUUCCCCCGUGAACUUCACGCGUUGAAUCCGUAAACCAUGGUUGAGGACUCGGUCUGCAACACUGACUGUUUUCUCCCAUGCGAUUGUGUUCAAACAUCACGCUGCAGGUCACAACAACACACACACAAUCACUCACCACACUGCAGGUCACAACAACACACACACAAUCACUCA